ACGCUCGUUGGCCGCUGGCUCCCCUCCUCCGAAUCAACACUUUUGCCACCAAUGGAUUCGGACUACGACCAAGAAAGCGACGACGUUUCCGAUGACGAGUAUCUAGGAGCAAAGCCGACAGCUGCGUCAAAAGCAACAGAAGCCGGAGGCAGCAGAGCACAAAAAGCGUCCAAGCCGCACGCGUGGGCAAGGAGGGGCAGCACACCGCCUGAUAAUGAAGAUGAAUACAUCCCAGAGGAGACACAGGGGCUUGAAGAAGAGGCGGUGCCCGAGAAGAGCAUACAGCAUAUGGAAGAAGACAGGAAGCGUAAGCGGUUACGGAAAGACACAAAACCAUUUCAGCGUGGAAUCAUUCGUCACGUUGUCCUAGUACUCGAUCUAUCCGAGGCCAUGUUGGAGAAAGACAUGCGACCUAAUCGAUACGCCGCCAUGAUCAAGUACUCGCAAGAAUAUGUUCGGGAAUUCUUUGAACAGAAUCCCAUAUCGCAGAUGAGCGUUCUUGGGAUGCACGACGGCCUAUGUAUAAGGGUCUCUGAGCUUUCGGGAAACCCGGCAGAGCACAUCACGGCGAUACAAGACCUGCGGACCCCACGGAAUCCCGACGAUAUUCCAAAGGAGCCAAAAGGAUCCCCGAGUUUACAAAACGCGUUGGAGUUAGCGAGAGCAACGUUAUAUCACACUCCAAGUCAUGGAACGAGGGAAGUCAUUGUGGUGUUUGGGUCGUUGUUAUCACUCGAUCCGGGAGACGUGCAUCAAACAAUCAAAGCUUGCGUGCGUGAUCGAGUGCGCGUCAGCAUCAUUGGCAUGAGUGCAAGACUCAAAAUUUGCACAGAGAUUGUGAGCCGAACCAACUCUGGCGAUGAAAGUGAAUACGUAGUCGCCACCGACCAAGAGCUUCUACGUGAGCUACUGCUAGCUACUACAACGCCCCCCGUGGUCCGCGCAACUAAUGCAUCAAGAACAGCACCAGAAUCCGCAGCUGCGCUCAUGAUGAUGGGCUUCCCGUCACGAGUCAUCGAAGACUUGCCAUCAAUGUGCGCCUGCCACGGUGCUCUGACAACGGGAGGCUACACAUGUUCGAGAUGCAGCGCGAAAGUCUGCAGUCUUCCUGUAACAUGCCCAAGCUGCCAACUUACGCUCCUCCUCUCCACCCACCUAGCCCGAAGCUAUCACCAUCUUUUCCCCCUGCGUAACUGGGCAGAAGUCAGCUGGCACCGCGCCCGCGAAGUAAAUAGCAAAGAAUGCAUAUCGUGCCUAUCCCCGUUCCCAGAGCCUCCACCACUACAAGAUGAUGGGCCACUCUUCCCCACCACCGACUCCCAGGCCGGGCCCAACGGGCACGGUGUAUCUGAUAUCAGGACUAGCAAGAACACAGCCCAACCAGAAGAUGAAGACGCCGAGCAAAAAGCAAGUGAAAGCUCUCGAUACGAAUGCAGGGUGUGCGAAAGCCACUUCUGCAUCGAUUGUGACAUGUUUUGUCAUAUGGUACUGCAUAACUGCCCCGGCUGUUUGAGUAAGGUCAAUCCGGUUGAGGUGCAGAACGGGGAUGUGGACAUGGCGGGGGCUAGUUGA